CUGAACGGAAACUAAAUGAAAAUGCAUCGCUGGAAAGUCGAUCAGGUGGCGGUGCUGCUGUUGUUAUUGGCUGCGGUUGGGUUCGCUCAGGUGCUUGACCGAACGCUCGUCCUGUCCCAUGAGAGGAGCUCCAUCGAGAGGACAUACGAGCUGACCAAAUACCUGGACCACCAGCUGAAGGAGAUCAGAGACACUUAUCUGUCCUAUCUGGGGCCUCCGUUCAGCGAUCCCGGCUUCUCUCCUCCACGACCCAACAGCUCCUCUCUGUCCGUGCCCAGCGCGGCCACAAGGGUGGAUCUGUGGCGCGGGCUGGAGAACGGCGCCCGUCUGGCGCAGAACCAGCGGGCCUACAGCAUUCUCCUGUGUGCCGUGAGGGAGCUGGCGCGCUCCACCCUGUGUCCGUAUCUCCAGAGUUCGCUCAUGCACUUCUGCUCCGGCCUCAGCGGGCUGCUGGGCUCCAUAUCCGGCCUGAUGAACGCCCUGGGCUACACCAGCCUCCCGCCCUCCACACCCGCUCAAGGAUACGCCCCACUUCUGUCCUCACAGUUUCAGAACAGCCCUGCUCCUCUGCGGAGUUACGAGCCUCGGGGCGUGAGAGAGGGAACGACUCGGGCGGAUCUGAAGAGGGGCAGGAGAGGACGGAAAAAAGAAGGAGAGAGCUGGGCUGCCAGAGAGGAGAGAGAGAAAGAGGAAGGAAUGGAGAGAUGGGGGAAACGGAGAAGACUGUUGAGUGUGGAUGAAGAGAACAUCCUGAAACUCAACAUGAACUACACAGCUUUAAAAUUCGGAAAGCAGCCUGUGCUAUUUUCACCGGCGUCUCUACAGCAUCGUCGAGCUAUUCGGUCCACUCACGCCGGACUCUCUCCUCUCUCGCUGCUUUAUCAGUACGGAGGGUCGGCCGCUGAGGUUCACACUUUGCUGGCGGCCCCCGUGUUGUCGUCUCGUCCCGCGUCGAAUGACUUCUCGCGGAAAGUGGAGGGAUUCUGGGUACUGAGAGAGCUGCAGAGCUGGCUUUGGAGAUCCGCCAAAGACUUCACCAGACUGAAGAAACGACUGCGCGUUUGAGACCCAAACAACGACUUCGCUUCAAAACCUAGCGAGCUGCCUUCUAGCAAAAUUUCUCAAACCAAAAAAGUUAAUUGCGAUGGACAGUGGUGGCCAAAAUGAUUAGAACACUAGUAUUUUCAGCAGCUAAAAAUGGUUUUAAGUCAUAUCUUUUUGUAGGUAUCUCACUGGAUUACUACAACUAAUGGCAAAAUUAAGGUUUGAAAAUGUAAAUUGAUAUCUCCU